AUGGAAGUCAAGUGAUACAGAGAAAUAAUUAAGAGGAGUUUCUAGCCACAGUUUUGAGUGUCAUCCAAAUAAAAGUGCUAAGUUCAUCCCUUUCUCAAACACCACAAAUCCUUAAAAUUCAAUGGCCAAAGACCUUCCAAAAGUACUUGUUCUUGGUCCACCAACAUGUUUCUCCACCUUCGAAUCACUCUACUCUCACAAAUUCAAUUUCCUAAACCCCAAACCCUCAGGCCUAUCACUGCAACAAUUCAUCCUUUCCCACAACCACAACCCAUCAACAAUUCCCGCCAUAUUCUGCAGCGCCGCAUAUUCCAUCACCACCGACGUUCUCAACCUUCUUCCCUCGCUCAGUCUCGUCGUUACUUCCAGUGUUGGAACUGAUCACAUUGACCUUAAUGAGUGCCGUCGUCGCGGAAUUCAGGUUGCCGGUGCUGGAGGAGUUUUCUCGGAGGAUGUGGCUGAUGUGGCAGUGGCGUUGCUGAUUGCUGUCAUGAGGAAGGUGACGGUGGCGAAUCGGUAUGUGAGGACGCGGCGGGAACGUUCUGAUCCUUGGGAUUUCCCUCUUGGAUACAAGUUAUCAGGCAAGCGAGUUGGAAUUGUUGGAUUAGGAAGUAUUGGCAUGGAAGUUGCCAAGCGACUCGAGUCAUUUGAUUGCAUUAUCUCGUACAACUCUAAGCAUCAAAAAACAUCAAUUUCGUACCCUUUCUAUUCCAAUGUUAUUGAUCUUGCAACUUCUAGCGACGCACUUGUGGUAUGUUGUGCACUAAACAACCAAACACGACACAUAGUAAACAAAGAUGUCCUUUUGGCAUUAGGAAAAGAAGGGUUUAUUGUAAAUGUUGGAAGAGGUGGUCUUAUUGAUGAGAAACAAUUGAUCAAGUGUUUGAUGGAAGGAGAAAUUGCUGGUGCUGGUUUGGAUGUGUUUGAGAAUGAACCUCAUGUUGAUGAAAAGCUAUUUGCAAUGGAUAAUGUGGUUUUAUCUCCACAUUCUGCAGCUUUUACUGUUGAAUCUACAACGAGUUUGUGUGAACUUGUGGCAGGGAAUUUAGAAGCUUUCUUCUUAAAUAAGCCACUAAUUAGUCCAGUGAUGUUGGUUGAGUAACUGAUUCUCUCAUGGGAUUUGGACUAUAUGUACUUAAAGAAUAACUUUGUAUAACAUGAAUUUUAUGAAUGUAAUGAUUUUAAUCUAUUUAUCAA